CCCCACCCCCGAACUGAGGUAGUGCUGUGCUUCUGCACACCCUGGGGAAAGUCCCCGGGUCACGCGGUUGUGUGUGGGGAGCCUGUGACGCUCAAGCUCAUCUCCACGCUUCCGCCUACAGAGUCACGACUGAGGACCGUGGCGGAGGUGCCCAGAGCGCGGGGCCGACCCCCGCCUAGCCUCUUGAGUAGGCAGGCGGGCGGGCGGGCGCGCACGUACGCACGCACUCUUCUGCCCCCGCUCUCCUCGUUCCCCGGCUACCAGGCGCGCGGUCACGUGGGCCCAUCGCGGGGCGGCCGGCGCGGGAAGCCGCGCGAGAGCGGACCGUGGGGUGCGUGAGCCGGCGCCGCCGCGUGACGUGCGCGGCGCGGGAGCCGCCCCUCCCGCACGGUGGAGCCGGCUGGCCGCCGCGGCGGCGUCUGGAGCCACAAUGGACACAGGUAGCCAUAGCCUUGUCCUCCUGCAGCAGCUGAACAUGCAGCGAGAAUUUGGUUUUCUGUGUGAUUGCACAGUUGCUAUUGGAGACGUUUACUUCAAAGCCCACAGAGCAGUGCUUGCUGCUUUUUCUAACUAUUUCAAGAUGAUAUUUAUUCACCAAACAAGUGAAUGCAUAAAAAUACAACCAACUGAUAUCCAACCUGACAUAUUCAGCUAUUUGCUGCACAUUAUGUACACGGGGAAAGGGCCAAAACAGAUUGUGGAUCAUAGUCGUCUGGAGGAAGGGAUUCGAUUUCUUCACGCCGACUACCUUUCUCACAUUGCGACUGAAAUGAAUCAGGUGUUCUCACCAGAGACUGUGCAGUCCUCCAAUCUGUAUGGCAUUCAGAUCUCAACAACCCAAAAAACAGCUGUCAAACCGGGGCUGGAGGUCAAAGAAGCUCCUUCCAGUAACAGUGGCAACAGGGCUGCUGCGCAGGGCGACCACCCCCAGCUGCAGCUCUCUCUCGCUAUUGGGCUGGAUGAUGGCACUGCUGAUCAGCAGAGGGCCCGUCCUGCUGCCCAGGCCUUGGAGGAACACCAGAAGCCCCCAGUGUCCAUCAAGCAGGAGAGAUGUGACCCAGAGUCUGUGAUCUCCCAGAGCCAUCCCUCACCCUCAGCGGAGGUGACAGGCCCCACUUUCACCGAAAGCGGUAUCAAAAUACACUUAUGCCAUUACUGUGGGGAACGUUUUGAUUCCCGUAGUAACCUAAGACAACAUCUCCAUACCCACGUGUCCGGAUCCCUCCCGUUUGGUGUCCCUGCUUCCAUUCUGGAAAGCAACGACCUUGGUGAAGUGCAUCCACUUAAUGAAAACAGUGAGGCUCUUGAAUGCCGCAGGGUCAGCUCCUUCAUUGUCAAGGAGAAUGAGCAGCAGCCUGACCACUCAAACCAGGGUACCACCGAGCCUCUGCAGAUCAGCCAAGUGUCUCUGAUCUCCAAAGACUCAGAGCCAGUAGAAUUAAACUGUAAUUUUUCUUUUUCAAGGAAAAGAAAAAUCAGCUGUUCCAUCUGUGGUCAUAAAUUUCUCCGAAAAAGCCAACUGCUGGAACACAUGUAUAUACACAAAGGUAAAUCUUCCAGAUACAACCGAUGCCAAAGGUUCAGUAAUGCGGUAGCCCAGAGAUUUCAGCCGUACUGUGACAGCUGGUCUGAUGUCCCCCUGAGAAGUUCUUGCUUGUCGCAAGAACAGUUAGAUUCAUCCUGUGCCUUAGAGUCGGAGCUCACACAAGAAAGUGUGGACACUAUCCUUGUGGAGUAGCAGUUUCUCCUCCAUAAUUUUUAUAUCAAUUCUGAAAAAAAAAAUCCACAUGCAUUUUUUUAUUCAUAAACUCUCUUCCUCCUCAACGUCUGUUCACUUUUUUCUUUGCCAUUUAUCCAUAGUUUUAAGGUGGUAUAUAUUAGGUCUUAUUGUAAGGUAUGUUAUACACAUGGCUAUUAAAAUGUAACCUUCAAGUAGAGCCAUGAACCGUUCAUAAAUCGCAAUUACGAAAUCAGAAAUCAGUGUAAGAAUUAUGGAACUUUAGAGUAAAUAUUUAUAGAAUUUCUAAGUAGAAUCAGUAAAACCAAAUUGAAAAUGAAGUCAAUGAAAUUUUUUAAAGAAUACUCCAGACUAUCAGUUUUGGCUAAUUUUUCACAUGAAUAAGCCACUGUAAAGACUAUUUAAAAAUAUUUUCUGGGGCGCUGGGGGGGCUCAGUUGGUUGAGUAUCCAACUUCGGCUCAGGUCAUGAUCUUGCCAUUCUGAGUUCGAGCCCCACAUGGGCUCUGUGCUGACAGCUCGGAGCCUGGAGCCUGCUUCAGAUUCUUUGUCUCCCUCUCUCUGCUCCUCCCCCACUCAUGCUCUGUCUCUCAAUAAUAAAUAAACAUUAAAAAUUUUAAAAUAAUAAAAAACAAUAAUAAUAUUUUUUGCCACAUAGGGAGUUAAAGUUAUUUCUAAUGCAUAACUAUAUAAUGUAUAAAAAUUUUGUUUUAAGGCAUAGCUAUAAUAAAUCAUGAGUAGUUUUAAAAUCACUUUUUACUUAUUAGCUCUGCAGCAUCUUGCAUGGCUUUUAUUUAUUUUUUCACAUUGAGCAUACCUCUUUGUUAAUGAAAAAUAUUUUAGUGAAAAGAGACAAAUGGAGGAGAUUCAAACAGUAAAACAAAAUCCUAAGCAGAGAAACAGAAAUGUUCAUACACCUAGAUAAACAGAGCUUCAGACAGAACUGCCUUGACUAACACCAAUGUUGUUACCUUAAUCUAGAACGUUUUCUUAAGGAUCUUAAGAGCAAUUUGAGAUUUUUUUUAUAACCAGAGAUUUACAUCAGCUUAGAGAGGAAAAUGAUAAAAUACAAAUUGUCUUUCUACCCUCAGCGCCCGAGGAUUUUCUAGGCUGCCUAAGUUGAUGUUAAUUUUCUCUCACUUGCAGAAGUAGUUUUUCAGUGACACAGUUUUCAUUUUUUUCUGGUCCAUAAAACUAACAGUACACACAGUGUCCUAGAACUAUGUCUAAAGUCCAUGAUAGCUUUCCCUUUGUGAAUAACCUUAGCUCCCUUUUAUCACAGUGAAACAUACAAAGCUAAAACACCAGAAAAAUUAAAACUGAUGGGCUAAAUGGUAGAUUGUCCUGCUUUAUGUAGCUGGAGAAUAGCUGGUCAAACUUCACCACAAAGGAUAGAUCUAAACUGUUUCUGAAAUGUUUAAAUUUCAAAGAUUAGUCAAGAAUAACAAAGCAGAGAGGCUUUAAAACAGCCUCAUCUUUUUUGUGUGUGCUGCCCUGUUAAAUUCAAAGCCUCACAGACAUUUUAAUAAAUCUGGCUUGUGAGGCUUACAAUUUAACUGUAUACAGAAACUCUGAGCUCCUUUAUUGACUGCAUCCUUCUGAAGACAUCUCCUGACAGCAUCAGAGUGGAGUCAGAAGGGAGCUGAAAGAGUAAUCCAGCCCAUUCUAAGGGCACAAAGGUUUUCUCUGGGUAAACACUGAGUUUAGGUGACUUAUGAAGUGGUAAGUUAUUCUUGAAGGCUGAAUGAAGAAACUACUGGGCAUCGUCUAAGGCAGUAGCGUUUCUCCCUCAGACAAAUGACUAAAACUUCCUGGGGUCAAGAUUGUUAUGUGUUGAGAAUAAAAUCUAACUAGCUGUUUUUAUAGUAGCAGUUACGUUGGGAGUGGCUAAAAACAAAUGUGUUGCUCUUGGGGGUGAGAACUUCAUCUAAUCUUAAACCUAAGUCACUUAAACAAUGAUUCAAACUUUUCUGCCCUCAAAGAUUUCAUCUCAUAGGGUGAACACACAUCUUAACAUCGAUUUCCUGUAUUUUAGGCUAUUCAUGAUAUACUCCCCGGCCUUCUUCAAGUAAAAUUUUAUUUUUCUCACUAGGAUGACAGUUUUUCUGAUUUCUUCCUUCUUUGUUUUCUUCUUGCUCAGUCAUUAGUCCUUGACACAAGAAGUGCGUAGCUGAAGGGUGGGAUUGCGGGUGCGUAUGAGUUGAGGUGUAGGGUAGCAGUUCGGGGCAGAGUCUGGAGAAAUUGUGUUUGCUUGUGGCUGAUUGGCCACGGCGGACAUUAAUUUAAAGCUGAAAUAUAUUUAUACUUAUUAGAUGUUAAGAACAUAAUGGUUAAUUGUAUUUUUGUUCUCAUUCAUUUAGUUCCUUUUAAUGUUAGAAAUUCAGAGCAAAUGUUCUUUCUUGUAGUCUUCAUAAUAUUCUAUUUUAGGAAGUGGGAAAAUGUUAACUCCAUUUUAUAGGAAAAAAGUCCCAAAAGGUGGGUUGCAGAGAAUCAGUGAAUAGUGGUGUGGGAACUGACCCCAGUUUAAUUUUUUUCGUUCAUUCAACGGGCAUAUUUUAAAAAUAACUGUUACACGUAUAAUUAAUACUGUGCCCUGAGUGUAUUUUUUUAAGACUUGAUUCCUUACUAAGAGAAUCUACUUUGUAUAUAUAUAUAUAUAUAAAAAAAAGGUUCUUUCAGCUAAACCCUUUAGUUUUGACCUCAUCAUCUGUAAAAUGAGCUGUAAUCUUAACCAUAUAAUGUGGUUUGCAUGAUUACCAAGCUCUUAAAACUGGAAAUGCUAGAUGCACCUUAAUUAAUGUAUGAGGCAAAUACCAAGCAGACAUUUUCUUCUUGGAUCAGUUUAGGAUUCUCUCUUCUUUCCACAUCCUACAUAUAGUUGUUUUCUGGAGAAAAACAGACUUGUUUCAGUAUUUGUCCCUAUUAGCAUAUUGUCAGAACUCUGGUACUCAUAAGUGCAGUUUGCCUUAUAAGAAAACCAAAAUUUCUUGAUUUCUAUAUCUUGAGAUUAUUAUUUCUUGCUCUGUUUUUCUGAUUUCUCACUUGUAAAGUGGACAUAAACAAUCCCUACCUCACAGGGGUGUUGUGAGGAAUUGUGUUAAGUUCUCUUAAUAUUAUUAAUAAAAACCAACCAUAUAAAGAAAACUACAUAUAUUCUAUAGCUAAACCUUCAGUAUUCCAACCUGUAAACUCUAGAAUGUCUUAGAAGCGGUCAUAUACUAUUUAAUAUUCAAUAAUUUUUUGACACAGUUCUUCCUUUUAUUUUUUAGAAAUACUCUAGAAACGGCAACGUUGCCAGAAUUCCAUUUCUAUUGUAGUUUAAUCAGUAGUAUUUCUCUUUAGACUUUAGGAAGGGGGAUAUUCGUUCAUCGGCAUUAUUGGGAAUAAAACCUUGCCAAUUUCAGCUUCAUGGAAAGUUACCCCAAACAUAUUGUUUACACAUGGAAAAAAAGAACAAAAGCAAUGGAGAAAAUAUCAUUUUCGUUUCUUUGCUGUAGGUCAUCUAAAAAGUACAUGGAGACAAGAAGUAGAGUGGGGAUAAUAACAUAGUUAUUCAUUACGUUCUAUUAAAGUAACAUUGGAAAGGCCUCACUUUAAACUGAAGGAAGUACCUAUUAAUCAUGGAAAAAGAUAGUCUGGAAAAUGGUGUAAUUCCAUUAAUGUUUAUCUGCCCAGGCAAAUUCUUAGUGUUGUAACCCAGAUCCUUGAUAAGUGUCAUUUUUUAGUAGUAAUUGAGGUAAAAUAAGCCACACGAAGAGUUUUCAUAAUGUAAUCUGUGUCUUUGUAUGUUUUACGUUAAAUGUAGCUCUAAGGGAUUUUAUUAUAAUUAAUUUUUAAAUUCCUAAGAGUGAAAUCUGUAAAUGAUUGUUCUCUGCUGUACUUCUAUGUUUGUAUGGUUGGACUUUUUGAAAACUGGUGAGAUUAUACGGCCCCAAGCCUGGAUGUCUUAAAUACAAGGAAUCACCAACUGCGAUUUUUGUCUUCAAGACCUGGAAGAACCCGUUGUGCUGCAGCAUGUUUCUGUGCCACGCUCGACUGCUUAGUAGACAACUGCUGCGACGCAUCUGACAUUAACUGCCAUUGGCUCUUCCAUUUUGUGCCAAAUAAAGUCAUUUAGUCAGCGUAGAUCAAAUAUGAACUUAAAAUAGUUUCAAAGAAACUUGGAACUCAAACACUUGUGCAAGAAGAAAGGCCCACAGAAGAAAUCCUCCACGUACAAGUAACACAUGGCAAAUUCAGGAGACCGCAGAGAAUAGUACAUUGUAUGGUUAAACUCUUCCCACCUUACGCACCGUGAGUUUGCUUCCGACACAUUAAUUUAGAAAGUUUUGUAUCCUCUAUUUGGAAUGAAAACAGUGGAUGUCAUGUAUUUUAUCACGACCAAUAAAUUAAUGUGACUUGAUCAUAAACAAAA